AUGGUCGGUUCUGUAUUGGGACCACUACUUUUCAUCCUCUACAUAUCGGACUUACCUCAUUUAAUUUCGUCAAAUCAUGCUUUCUAUGCUGAUGACUGUAAACUGUAUGCUAAUCCUAUUCUAAAUUAUCGAGAACUGCAAACGGAUUUAAAUACUGUCUACCGCUGGUGCUUAGACUGGUUGAUUCCGUUGAAUAACGGCAAGUGUAAAGUAUUGCACUUGGGUACCAACAACCCCAAACACAUUUACAUGAUAGAUAAUGAGGCAGUAAAGAUGGUGGAUAGUCAAAAUGAUUUAGGUGUUAUAAUAACAUCUGAUCUAUCUUGGUCCAAUCAACGAGAUAAGGAAUUGCUGGAAAAAGUUCAAAGAAGGGCUACAAAAAAGAUGUCUAAAUCUUACAUCAUUGGAACAACGACGGAAGAGGGGAAACUUGAUAAUGGUUUACAAGAUUUUUCGCAAUCCAAAUGUGUGCCACCUCAAAACCCUUUUUGA